GUUCGAUUUUUCUUGUAGGGUUUGUGUUCGAUUUUGUUGUUGGGUUGUUUUGUUUAGGCUUCUUUAGUUCCCGUUAUACCCUAUAAGAUCGCUAAAUGCUUAAAAAUUCGUGCUUUUCUUCUGAAGAAACAACACUCCGUGCGAAAGUUAUGUCUUUUUUUUUGUUUUCUUUCAUCGAUAACGAAUGUGUUCUGGUUUUGAAAUGUUACCUGUUGUAUGAAACGAAACCCAUGGAAAUUUCUUGUUCUGUUGAUUGUUUUUGAUAAUACAGUCAAAUGUAUAUUAUUGAAGAACAAUAGAUUUCUUGAAAUUUCUGUUUCAGGGGAUCAAGAACAUCAUGCCUCGAAUCUUACUGGGCUCCAAUCUUCUAAAGAAGGGAGUAAUUUUUGGGGAGGUCUUAAGGGAUCAGUAAUUUUUGCUCUUGGCUUCCAUUCACAUGGUGUUCUAUUCCCUAAUCCAGAAAGGGUACUUCAAGAAGCCACAGAGUCUUUGGCUCAGGCGGAGUCUUUAUCAGGGGAGUAUUACGCUCAACUGGAUGAGUUGAUUGAAAAUAAAAAGGUGUUGGACGAGGCAUUGCAGUUGUAUCUGGCUGGACUUGCUGAGUUGGAAGAACUUAAAGAAGCCAAGGGACUUUGAAAACGUUUUGUCAAUCGCAGGAAGAAUCUUAGUGGAGUCUCUUGUGAUGCAAUUGAACAGAAGAAAUUAUCUGAUUUAGUGUAAGUAGCCGAAGGUUCUGAUACUGUGGCCUUCUUUAAAACUUUGCAUGUGGCAAAAGGAUGACAUAUCCCCAGUUAGACGGUUGCUAAUGCCCAUACCAUAACACUUGACUAUAUCGUGUAUGAGAUCUUGUUGUUAUUCUGAAGUUUAACAUAUUGACAGUUCUGGACU